CCACCCAUAUAAAUCCAUUGUCUGGCAUUCUGUCUCAGAAGGCUGAACUCGGCGCGUGCUCCUCCGUCCUCUCCUGCUCGUCUUAAGCGUUAGCAUCCACAAUGAGGGAGAUUGUGCAUAUCCAGGCCGGCCAGUGUGGUAACCAGAUUGGAGCUAAGUUCUGGGAAGUGAUCAGCGAUGAGCAUGGCAUCGAUCCCACAGGGACUUACCAUGGAGACAGUGACCUGCAGCUGGACAGGAUUAGUGUCUACUACAAUGAGGCCACAGGAGGGAAAUAUGUGCCUCGGGCCAUCCUUGUGGAUUUGGAGCCUGGUACUAUGGACUCUGUGAGGUCUGGACCCUUUGGGCAGAUCUUCAGACCCGACAACUUUGUGUUUGGUCAAAGUGGUGCUGGAAACAACUGGGCCAAGGGUCACUACACAGAGGGGGCUGAGCUGGUGGACUCCGUCCUGGAUGUGGUCCGUAAGGAGUCUGAGAGCUGUGACUGCCUGCAGGGCUUCCAGCUCACCCACUCUCUCGGUGGCGGAACGGGAUCCGGAAUGGGAACUCUGCUCAUCAGCAAGAUCCGCGAGGAGUACCCCGACCGCAUCAUGAACACCUUCAGCGUGGUGCCUUCCCCCAAGGUGUCAGACACAGUGGUCGAGCCAUACAACGCCACCCUGUCCGUUCACCAGCUUGUGGAGAACACAGAUGAAACUUACUGCAUUGACAACGAAGCUCUGUACGACAUUUGCUUCCGCACUCUUAAACUUACUACUCCCACCUACGGAGACCUUAACCAUCUAGUUUCUGCCACCAUGAGCGGCGUCACCACCUGCCUGCGAUUCCCCGGCCAACUCAACGCAGAUCUCCGCAAACUGGCCGUCAACAUGGUGCCUUUCCCCCGCUUGCAUUUCUUCAUGCCCGGUUUUGCUCCCCUAACCAGCCGGGGCAGCCAACAGUACCGUGCCCUCACAGUCCCAGAGCUCACCCAGCAGGUGUUCGAUGCCAAGAACAUGAUGGCCGCAUGCGACCCUCGUCAUGGCCGCUAUCUAACAGUUGCAGCCGUGUUCCGUGGUCGCAUGUCCAUGAAAGAGGUAGACGAGCAGAUGCUCAACGUGCAGAACAAGAACAGCAGCUACUUUGUUGAGUGGAUCCCCAACAACGUCAAGACCGCCGUGUGCGACAUUCCACCUCGCGGCCUGAAGAUGGCAGUCACUUUCAUCGGCAACAGCACGGCCAUCCAGGAGCUGUUUAAGCGAAUCUCCGAACAGUUCACAGCCAUGUUCCGGCGUAAAGCUUUCCUGCAUUGGUACACAGGCGAAGGCAUGGAUGAGAUGGAGUUCACCGAAGCAGAGAGCAACAUGAAUGACCUUGUGUCUGAGUACCAGCAGUACCAAGACGCCACUGCCGAGGAAGAGGGGGAAUUUGAGGAGGAAGCAGAGGAAGAUGCUUGAGGCUUCAAAUGCUAAAGUAAAAAAAUGGAUGCCAAAAGAAAACAAUCAACGGAAGAAACCACAAGUAGUCAAGAAAUCAACAGUGUCAAGAGUGUUGCUAGAAUUCAACAGUAGCUUACAGUAGAAAUCCCCUGUCAUGAAAAAUAAAAUUGGAAAAUGAA